AUGGAUUCACUGGAGACUGGGCAGAUGCUGAGCCUGCCCGCCGAGCUUGAGCUCGGCAGCAACAACUUGGAGCCAGCAGAGCCGGCGGUAUCUGCAGCCGGCUUCGAAGCGGCCCCGCACCCGGAAGUGGCCACAGGGGGCGCUGCACCGCUCCUGACGCGGGAGCCAGCGCAGCAGCCCGUACAGCCAGCGCGGGCUUCGACGACGUCGGAGUGUAAAGUCCUGCUCUCGCGAGCUGACGUCCUGGCGUCGCGGGGGCACCUCCAGGAAGCCCUCGAGGUGUACAGACAGCUCUCAGAGCGUCAGCAGCUGGCGGCUGAGCAGCUCCAGCAGCUAGUGCGCUACCUAGCGGAGAGUGUUCCUCAGAGCGAGAGAUUGGCACUGGCGUCCCCAGACGGCAGUGCCUCUGCUCAGGGGGGUGCUAUGGCAGCUGAAGAGACAGAGACGGCUCCUGUGGUGGCCGAGGCCACCGAAGUGUGGGAAGGCUUCAGGUGUUGGAAGUGUCACGGGUUCCUGUCAGACCCCGUGUCCCUGCUUUGCGGCCACACCUUCUGCAAACUCUGCCUGGAACGCGAACGCGGGCGGGCCGCAGACCAACGCUGUCCAUUGUGCGGGGUCAAGCUCUCCGUGUGGAUGACAAGCGCGCUGCGAGCGCGAGGGGGCCGGUGGGCCGGGCAGCCGCCGCCGCUGCCGCCGCUGAGGGUCAAUGUGGUGCUCAGAGGCCUCCUGACCAAAUUGUUCCCCUGCCUCACGCGGGCGUCGCAGCUCCGGCACGAAGGCAACCGGCUGUACCGCGAGCGCCAGGUGGAAGCUGCGCUGCUCAAGUACAACGAAGCGGUGCAACUGGCUCCAAAUGACCACUUGCUUUAUAGCAAUCGAUCUCAAAUUUAUUUCACCUUGGAGUGUCACGAGGAAGCACUUCAUGAUGCAGAAAUAGCAUGUCAGCUCUGCCCAUCAGGCUUUAAGCCACACUUCCGGAAAGCCCAAGCCUUAGCCACCCUUGGCAAGAUGGAAGAAGCACUAAAGGAGUUUCUGUGUUGUAUCUCUCUCGAUGGAAAUAACAAGAAAGCAAAACUUGAAGCCCAGAAGCUUCUCCUUAGUUUCUUUUCACCACCAGUCACGGGGAAUUCUCAGGAACACAUUCCUGAUAUCCUGAAGUUCUUGGCAUCAAACCCUAGAUUAAAGGAACACAUAGAGUCAUUGACUACUGAAGGCACCUGCCAUAAUCUACCCAAGUUGUUACAGGACUACCAGGCGCUCCCUCAUUGUUCUAGUCAGCAGGAAGCAGCCAUGGGGCCAGCAGAAGUGGAAGUGGAUGGCCAGCAAAACAUGGAAGACAGAGAGGAGGAGGAGGACGAUGACGAGGAGGAUGCUUCUCCAGAGUCUUUUUCUGUCCAGAUGGAAUUGUGCCUGAAGACAAAAAGGAAACAUUGCCAAAUUGAAUCCCAAGGCUCGGAGGUGCCGAGUAAAGCCUCAAAGCAAGAUUCUCCCACUGAUCAGGAGUCCAAACCUGCCCCCAGUAAUCCAUUCCCAUCUUUUGAUGCAUCUGACCUCGAAUGCUCACUGUGUAUAAGAUUGUUCUAUGAGCCAGUUACAACACCUUGUGGACACACCUUUUGCUUAAAAUGCCUUGAGAGAUGCCUUGAUCACAACUCAAAGUGUCCAUUGUGCAAAGAUGGCCUUUUACAGUGCAUGUCACCAAGAAAAUACAACAAGACUAUAAUCAUGGAAGAGCUUAUCGCUAAAUUCCUUCCAGAAGAACUCCGUGAACGAAAGAGGCUUUAUGAAGAAGAAAUGGAAGAACUUUCUAGCUUAACUAAGAACGUGCCUAUUUUUGUGUGUACCAUGGCCUACCCCACCGUUCCUUGUCCCUUGCACAUCUUUGAGCCUUGCUACCGUCUGAUGAUUCGUAGAUGCAUCGAGACAGGUACCAGACAGUUUGGUAUGUGCCUUGGAGAUCCUGUUAAAGGGUUUGCGGAGUAUGGCUGCAUCCUAGAGAUUAGAAAUGUCCAGUUCUUUUCGGAUGGCCGCUCAGUGAUUGACAGCAUAGGCAAGAGGCGCUUCAAGGUGCUCUGCCAGGGCCAUCGGGAUGGUUACAACACGGCUGACAUUGAAUACAUUGAAGACCAAAAGGUUCAGGGAGAAGAGUAUGCUGAGCUGAUGACAUUACAUAAUUGUGUGUAUGAGCAGGCAUCAGUGUGGUUUCAUUCACUCAAAUUAUUCCUGAAGAAUCGGAUACUCCAUCACUUUGGACCAAUGCCAGAGAAAGAUGCUGAUCCCCAGUCUAAUCCCAAUGGUCCAGCCUGGUGUUGGUGGAUACUAGCAGUUCUGCCACUGGAAAACCGUGCUCAGCUCCCAUUCCUGGCCAUGAGGUCCUUAAAGGAUAGGCUGAAUGGUAUUCGUCGAAUCCUGACCUUCAUAUCUCGAAAUCAAAACUAG